GGCGGCGCCAAGGACACCGGGGCGCGACCGCGGGCUACCGGCCCAGCGCGGCCCCCGGCGCGGCCCCCGGCGCGACCCCCGCCCUGCUGCGGGCCCGGCCCCGACCCCGGCCCUCCCGCCCGGCUAGGUCCGGCCCCACCGUCCAGCCCUGCCGCGGAACUCACCGGCGUGUCCGUACGCCCCGCUCGUGGUCCCGGCUCUGACAGCGGCCCCGACCGCCGCUCCCGCCCCGCCUCGCUCCGCCUCUCCCGUGCGUCACCACGUCGCGUCACCGCGCCCCUUCUGCCACUCCGAUCCCGGCCCAAUGCGUCUGCGCCGGCCGGCGUGCAGCGGUGGGGCGAGGCCGGGGCGGGGCCCGAGGGUCGGUAGGGCCUGGGGACCCCCGCCGUGGCCGGGAGCUCUCACCACAGCCGGGACACCUUGUAUGGCCCGGGGGCCGCUGAACGGGCUGGGGACCCCCGGCAUGGCCGGGGAACUCUCACCACAGCCGGGACACCUUGUAUGGCCCGGGGACACCCACCGUUAUUCAUGGCUCUCAGCCUUCAUCGUGGCUUGGUGACUCUCACCAUGGCUUCAGGACCCCAACCGUGCCCUGGGGGCCUCUGCCAUGCCUAGGGACGGCCACUGUGUCGUGGAGAACCCCUUGCUCUGGGGCACCUCAGGCUUUUGGGGAUAUCCAGCCACGUGGGAUGCCCAGCAGGACACAGGAGGUGCUCUGGGAACUCUGCUUUUCUGGCAAUUUCCUGGCAGUGAGUCAUGGUGGUUGCAGUCUCGGGCACGGGAGUGUGCAGGGCUGGAUGGCACUUUCAGGAAGUGAAAUGGGUGCCAGGAAAACACCCCAAAAGCCCGAGUCCACGCAAGCCUGGCCACACACAUCCGUGGCCCUCCCAGCAUGGUGCAAUCUCCGGCACACCAAUGGACGUGAAGAUGAGGAGGGCCCCUGAAGGCCACGUGUCUGAAGGCCAUGUCCCCAAGGUAGCAUGAGUAGGCACAAGAAACUGAGCAGACAGCAGGGUCCUGCACCCAACUGGUGCUGGGGCAGUGCGGACAAGAGGGGUGACACAGGAGGCACAGCUGGCUGUGUCAGCAGAGGUCUGGGCAGUACGGGAGGAAGCUGUGGCGAAAUGGUGGAGAGGCAGCGCUUGCAUCACUGGCCACGUCCAGGACAUCCACAGUCCUAGCCCUGACAGUGAUGGUGUCGUCACAGCUGGGCUGGGCCUGGUGCUGGGACUGGGGUUCAGAACUGGCUCUGAGUGACUCCAGCUCCCUGCUGGGUCAACCAAAUGGCAGAUUGGUACAUGGUCACAGGCCCCACACAUCAAUGCCAAACUCCCCUCUGCUCUCUGCCCCACACACCAGCCCUGGAGCAUCCUUUUGCUCUGCCCCACAACCCAGCUCCAGAUCAUCCCCUGCUCUGCUCCAUGCUCCGCCUGGAGCCCCCUCAGCCCCCCUCAGCCCUCCAGUCUCAACAGAGAAUUGGGCAAACCUAGAUGUUGCAAAACCUGGAAAUCCCACUCUGACGGCACUUCCUUCUACAAGCUCUUGAAAACCAGCCACGCUGAUGAUCCAAGCAGCGCCGCAGGCAGGACAGGCAGGAGCAGGCAAGCGCCUCAGAAGUUUGCAGGAGCUGUGAAGUCUCAGCCCAGGACUCUGCAGUCAGUGGCAGCAAUGGCAUUCGUCCCUGAUUUGGACACACUGGAGAGCAGCAGCCUGAACGAGGAGACGUUGUAUGGCCCCAGCUGUCUGUGCCCGCAGAAGAAGCCCUGGCUGGACUUGGAGGGGACAUCGCCUGGGGUGGGCAUCCAGGUGACAGUGACAAAAGGACCCCUUUCCAGGACCUUUCGCCAGGCUGCCGUCCUGGUGGUGGCUGUGACCAAGCUCCUGAAGCAGCCGGCACGCAAGGACUUUGCUGACAGUGAUCUUGGCAGCUUCUUGGAUGAUAUUUUCGAGCCCGUCUCCUUCCAGUGCAUCAAGGGCAGUUAUACCAAGGCACCCGUUUUCCGCUACACUCGCUCCCAGUCCUUCGACAUCCUGGACAUUGACCACAAGUGCUUCGUACUGGAGUCACCCACCCAGCUGGUGGCCCUGCACCUGCAGGGACCUUCUGCUGGACAGAAAGUGAAGCUCAACAUUGCUCUGUACCGUCCCCGGUCAUCGCAGGGUGCUCCAGGCUCUGGGAGGGUGCCAGUGGCCUUGGGCAUCAAGGGCUACCAGCUCUACAUGUCAUGUGUGAUGAGUGGCACCAAGCCCGUGCUGCAGCUGGAGGAAGCUGACAUCAGGAGGGAUAUUGAGAGUGUGGAGCUAACCCGCUUCAUCUUCUACCGCCUGGACAGCCCAGCUGAGGGGACCACACGCUUCGAGUCAGCCGCCUUCCCCGGCUGGUUUGUCUGCACGUCCCUGCAGCCCCGCCAGCCCGUGGGCAUCACCAACACCCCAGACCAGGUGAACAUCGCUACCUACGAGCUGAGCGGGCGCUAAAGACCCUGCACCAACCCAACCCAACCGGCAGUCACCGGUUUUCAGGCUGUAUGUACUAAGUACAACCCCCAGGACACACCCCCCCUCCCCAUCUAUUUCAUGUGAAAUAGCAGCUCUGGGCCCCAUGGGCUUGAGCCAUCCCAGUCUAUAUUUUUUAAUUAAUUUAUUUAUUUAUUGUA